AUGGAUCUAGCAGGGCGAUACGUACGCUCAUGGAUAGCGUCCAGCAAGGAUGACGAGCUACAAAAGACAGUGCAAAGUAAGCCUGAUUUCAUUCAUCAAGCUAUUCACUGGAACGCGAUUUCAGGUCUUUCCAAUGGCGAGAUCAAACUCCUAGACAUCGUCAAGGCCCUUGGGGAGUAUCUCACCUCAGAAGAAGACUACCUGCGCUCCAAAGGUAGGGUUGAUUUCUUGUCCUCGGUCCUUGAACGCUGUCCGGAGAGCCAGUUCAAUCGCCAGUCAGCUCGUGUCCUUGUGUCUUUUUACUGCAGCAAACUUGAUGAUCACGAAACUGUCACGCCUGCUCUCAAGGGCCUCGUUCCUCUCUCCAAACUUUCACUCUUGACCUCCACCGAAGUUGAGGAAAUUGUAUCUGCCAUGUUUCAGCAUGUCAAGAUGAGAGCUCUCGUACAAACCGAGCGGUUCCACGUCUUUACCGUCUUCGAUAUCCUCCUGGGAAGGCAUCGUCAAACCCUCAAGAGCCUCGGCCUGCCGUUUCUUCAGGGCUUUGUUGCCCUUGCUGAGGGCGAAAAGGAUCCGAGGAAUCUCCUACUAGCGUUCAAAAUUGACAAAGAUCUCCUCGAAAACUUUGACGUCACCCCCGUCCUUGAAGACUUCUAUAACGUCACCUUCUGCUACUUCCCAAUCACUUUCCGCCCUCCACCCAAUGACCCAUACGGAAUCACCUCAGAACAUCUCAAGGAUUCGUUGACAGCUUGUCUAAAAGCGACGCCUGCCUUUGCUUUACUGGGAAUACCGCUUUUCUUGGAGAAGCUGAACGCGGGGUCACCUGCGACGAAAAAAGACACCUUGCAAACGAUGUCCCAGUGCAUUCCGGUAUACGGCACUCGCAUUGGUGCGGAGAACGCUCGCAAACUAUGGACGAACCUCAAGCUAGAGAUUUUCCAGCCGAUCGACGAAACCCUCCAAGAGCUCUCCCUCGAAGCUUUGCAGGUGUUGAUUGAUACCCUCCAGGCCGGUGAGCCUGGAGAAGGCGGUAUCAACCCGCUCACCGAAACCAUCUGCUCUGAAUGCAUCAAGUCCUUGCGCGAGCCAGAGAAGGCCCCAGCGCAGGGGUCCAUCAAGGUGUUGUGCUCACUGUUGUCCAUCUCUCGGUCCGUUGCCAGUCACGUUGCCAGUCAAGCAGCGACUACCCUUGUCGAGGUCUUCCACACGCCAGACGAGGUCUCCAGCAGGCCUGCAACGUCGACAUUGCUAUCAGAGCUUGUCGCUCAGACACACAUCAGGUGGUCUAAACUGACCACCGACUCUACCUCUAAAGAUGUAGAGUCACCCCUGGCACCGCUGAAGGAGGAUCUUCUUGGCGUCGCGAGGAUUAGCAUUCAGGACCGGACGAUCCGCAAGACUACGCUGACGAUGCUCGAGAGUCUGGUUCUUACGCCCCAGCUUCUCAGCACAGAAGAGCUCCGUGUCAUCAUUCAAAAGGUAACUGAAUUCAUCUCACCCGACUUUGUCGAGGAUGAUGAAACUCGUGAUGCGAGCAUUGUGUUGUUGUCCGCUAUCGCCAACACUGGUCGUUCUUCGCUUUUAGCUGAACUCUCUCUACCCGUCUUGUUUGAAGCCUUACCCGAUCGUGCUCCAGCAGUCUCUGCCGUCGAGGAACGCAUCCGUUACUGGAGAAGCCUGACAUCUCUAGGAAAACUCUGCCUCGCAUCCGAACUCUUCGAAAUCUUCAUCAUUCGCCUGACCACAAAGCUCGACCUCCUCUGCCAGCCGGAUGACCUCUCGUCGCACCGCGAGCCCACGGUCGCGUAUACGCACGCUAUCUUGAUGACGAUCGCAUCCGCUCUUUCAAGCAAGAUCGACCAGCGGCACACAGACUUGCCAAAAUAUGCGGAUCGGCUUCUCCCUCCCUUGUACAAGCUCUUCGUCGUGUCUUCAAGUGUAGAAGAGAAUUCCAUAGCCUCUGAUACGCGUCUGGUCGAGGAAUGCUCUCGCGUGAUCGGUCUCAUGUCGGAAGCUCUUCCCACAGAUCGGCAGCAACGAUUAUCGUCAGCUCUAUGCGACGCUUACAUGUCUGGCAAUACUCUGGACUUGAUUGGAGUGUCUAUUUCGGAUGCAAAGUUCCAGCCCUUCUCCACAAACGCAGACGCUGCGCAGCGGAACACGGUCGCACUUUUCUCUGCAGCCCUGGUCACAUUCGACAAAAAGGUCUCUCUAGCGACAGCAGGUGUCGAGAGUCUACUGAAUGCCGUAUUAACCUGGGGAUUUUUAAGCAGCAAUCAUCUCCAAGAGCGAACAGCGUAUCGCCUUGCAACCGCCAUUGUUAACAAAUGGACAAGCGAUGCGGAGCCCUUCCUCAAAGGUUCCCUAGAGGAACAAUGGUCGAGCAGGCUGACGAACUCAGGUGCUCUGCUUAGCGAGCGGAAAUACUUGGUUCAACUGUGGGCAUGGAUAACGAAGGCGUUGCUAGUGCAGAACCACCCGCUGACAACGCGGUUCUCCGAUGGUCUCAUCAGUUUGCUAAGAGACAAGCAAAUCGGAGAAGACGCUGGAAAAGCAUUCAGCAUCCUUUGCAGUAAGGAUGACUUACUGACGAAGCGACUCCAUGCUGUCAUUCGGGUGCUUGCCGUUCAACGAUAUUUUGAUAACGUGUUGCCUCGUCUGGUCGAGGAAACCAACGCCGGCGGUGCUGAAUCUAUGUCAUGGCCUCAUCUCGUCGCAAUAACCUCCCUCAUCCACUCCGUCCCGAGAGGGAUGUACUUCACCAAGCUUUCAAGCCUCAUUACACUGCUCAUUCGGGCCCUCGAGAGCCCAGACACGAAGAUUCGCAACAUGGUCAUCGAGAUACUGCUGAUCAACCUGAAAGAGCCAUCUGAGGACCAUCCCAUGUCUUCCUAUGCGUCGACUAUCACCCGUGCUAUGCUCAAGAACUGCACAGUUGCAGAAGCUACCAAUCCUAGCGUCCGAAUCGCUGCACUGAAGGUGCUAAAUGCGCUGCCGGAUGCCGUGCGCUAUGAUAUUCUUCAUCCGUACAAAGCACAGACUAUCAAGGAGCUUGGCAAAGUUGUUGACGAUCCCAAACGUGCCGUCAGGGAGGAGGCCGUGUUGGCUCGGACGAAGUGGUUCACGAUGAGUAAAUAAUUUCAGCUCGUAAAGGAUAGAAUACUAGAUGCUGGGUGAAUCCUCAGGCAUGGAGUGAGGGUUGGUUGAUUGAACCUUCUUGAGGGUACUUAAGGCGGCUUUGAUAGACUUGUCUGGAGACAUGAUUGUCAUGUCAUGUUGCAUAUCCGAGAAGUUUCAG